GUCCUUGAACGCACCGGCGAGUGAGCUGCCUCCCUCCAUUUUGUGUCGCCCGCUUCGUUUCCGGGCUUUUGACACUCAAGUCUGCUUGCUUGAGAAAUCACAAUAGCACAAGCAGCAAAACGGCAUGGCUCAACGGACGCGGCCACGGUAUACUUAAAACUUCAUUUCAAAGACAAACAGCUGGAACGUCGGAAUUCAUCGCCGCCUCCAAAAAGGCGAGGGAAAGACGUCGCUUCGCCAAAACUUAUCGCUGGCCGCAGCGCCACCACUGACAGCUGCAAGUAAACAGCUACGUGCUAAGCACUUAGCUCCCAUUAGCAUUUAGCUAUUUUGCUCCGGGACUAACCAUAGACGACUGCGGACUAUUAGCUGCAGGCUAACCGCGGCUGGUCUUGCAGCGCGAAGCUUAGCGGGGCGUCGUUAGCCGGCUAACCUGGCUGGGUGCCGGUGGUAGGAGUUUUCUUUUCCCUGCUUGCCAGCGGCCUGCUGUUAUUUUUUUCUCCUCCGCCAAGGAAGAAUUUGACCAACGAUACUAUUUCCCAUUCAUGGUUUAUUGGGCGACGCCGCCUUACCACUUCGUCGUCAAGUUUGGGAGUGGGAGCGUAUUGAGGCAGCAGUGGCACUGAGGUACAGUGUCCCUAAAGAAAAAAUAGAAAGUGCCAACAGAGGGACAGGAUGCCCUUUCCUCCCCCUCCCCCGCCUCCCCCGGGACCCCCGCCUCCCCCUACCUUCCAUGAGGCCAAUACCACCCCUCCUAAACUGAGCUCAUCAGAAGCUAAAGGCAGGGGGGCUCUGCUAUCCGACAUUCACAAGGGAGCCAGGCUGAAGAAAGUUGGUGUGAUCAACGACCGCAGCGCCCCUAUCAUUGAGAAAUCCGGGGGUGGAGGUGGUCAUGGAGGAGGAGGAGGAGGAGGAGGUCCAAUGGGAAUGGGGGGACUCUUUCAAGGAGGUGUGCCAAAGCUGCGACCAGUUGCAGAUGGUUCUUCAGGCGGCUCGGUGGGCAGGUCUGCCCUGAGGCCGCCAGGGUCAAGGCCAUCGGCUCCUCGCCCUCCAUCUGGCCGCUCGGCAUCACCGUCUCCCCCUGAGCAUCAGCGCUCCCACCGGCCCUCCCUGCCCGACAUCACGCGACCCCCCAACAGCAGUAGCGGCAGCUCCUCCUCCAGUGGUGGCAUGAAACACAGCACGUCAGCCCCGCCCCCUCCACCACCCUUUAACCGGGGCGGGCGCAGCAAUGCCCCGCCCACCCCCAACCUGAAGGUGUCAGCGCCCUCGUCCUCAGCACAGAAGCCCUUACCACCCACGCCUAAUCGAGGCGCCGCUCCUUCCAACGCCCUCAAGAAUGCCCUUUCCUCUGCCCGGAUCCCCAGUGGCGGGUCCUCCGCCCCACCCCCUCCGCCGCCCUACAGGAUGCACACGACCAACGGGCCGUCCCAUGUUGAUGGGGGCGCAGCCCCGGAGCUGCCGCAAAGGCACAACUCGCUGACCAAGAAGCAUACAGCGCAAGGGCGCAACCACGCCCCACCUCCGCCGCCAUCUUUAUCGCCCUCCCCGCAGGUUAGCCGACCGCCACCCCCUGCCAGGGAGCCACCGGGGCGCAGAGCAGCUCCCCAGGCUCCCCUUUCCAACGCCCGGAACGGCAACCGCGAUGCCCCGCCGCCGCCCCCGCCAUACCGCGGCCACAGCUCAGCCCCGUCGGAGCCCCCGGGCCGGGGUGGUAAGCCUCCGCCACCGCCCUCCAUUUCCACUUCGUCCUCAUCCUCCCGUAACCCCGCCGGACCCCCGCCGCCUCCCCCGCCCAUCCGGAACGGACACUCCUCAGUCUCCGCCUCCUCUAAGUCCAUCUUGGAUGAUUUUGAAUCCAAGUUUAACUUCCACCCCAUGGAGGACCUCCCACCUCCAGAGGAGUAUCGCCAUUUCAACAAGGUCUACCCCAGCAAGAGUGGCAAGGCCAUUUUGCGAGGAGCCCCCCCUGCACCUCCGGUGGGAAGGUGAACGCACCUCAAAGCUCAUGACUUGAACUCGUCAGCCAAGCGUCCCCAUCUGGUGUGCCGUGGUGGGGGAGUGAGGAGGUCCACUCAUGCACACAAAUACACACAUACACUCACAGCAGCAGCCGUUUGGAUUUGACGAGAAGACACCUCAUGAGACUCUCUGACGUUUGUUUGACUUCAAUGUUUGAGGAGCAAAAACAACUCCACAAGGGUCCAUAACUGCACAUUCCCUCUUUUGAUACAUUUUUUUCCUUUUUUUUUUUUUUUUUUUUUUUUGUCGGGUGCCAGCUUUGAUCUUGUGACACACAUGCACACACGAUCACGCAUGAAUGUGGGCUCCAUUUUUUUUUUUUCCCUUCUUGAUUUCGUUGAUGUCGCUCCAGGGUGCGCUUGGAACCACGAUGUCCGUGUGCCAAAGGCGGGUGGAGCUUAAAAGCACCCGGUCCAAAUGUUGACUUGACGGGCGCAUCGUCUGCUUGUUGGGCUUCACAUUCCGAAAGGUGUCAUAGUUUUUAGGUGUCAGUUCUUCUUUGAACCCUCCUCGUUUUCUGUUACCCUCAACAGUGGGGGUGGGGGGGUGUUUGUAUUCCUGUUUUCAUGUUGCACAGCGGCCAGCGGAGACGCACGAUGCCCGUUUUUUGCACUCGCGGGAUCAGGACAUGGGUCGUGUCAUAACUGUUCCAAGCACGUCACAUCAGAGCCUCACUUUUGAAUGACUGCGUUUGUUUACUGGGCCGCCGUCAGCCAGCUUUUCGUAAAGGGAUCAUUCCGGGAUUGGGGUCUGGGGGGGCUGGGAAGUGACCAUCAGCUGCUUUUCUAUGCAAGAAUUUGUACAGGUCGUAGUUGCUAGCAGCUAACCCCAAAUUAAAAAAAAAAAAAAAAAAAAAAACACUAAAGUGCCAGAUGGAGUAUGUAGCGGACGGAGCGUUUUUUUUUGUUUUUUUUUUAUGUUGUUGUCACUUUUAAUGAUCAUUAAGCUUAAACGAAAGAGUUAAACACUAAAAAAAAAAACGAUUCAACUGUGAAUCCACAAGAUGAAUAAAAACACUUUGAGAAGCAGCGCCUCCUGCUGCCGUCGGUUGCCUUACACGAGUUUCGUCCCGUAACGGUACCUGUGCUACUUUGUAUUUUUCCAAAAACAAACAAACAUAAAAAAAAAAAAAAAAAAAGAUAUCGGAGUCUAUUUGCAAAUGUAUAUUUACACCAUAGAAUAUGAUAAUCCUAGUUAGCGUUGAUCUAUUUUUGUGCUGUACAAAGCGUGUAAUAUAGGAAAGUUCUAAUGAGGAGCCGCGCACAUAGAUGACAUCAUCAUCAUCAUCAGGGUCAUGCCGGUGUCACGUUUGCCGCCUCACGUUGCUUCCUGUUAAUCAGCCAUCUUUUAUCACUUGAAAAUGUUUUCAAUAAAUAUAUUCCUGUUGGGGGAAAAAGGGGACCUGGAGUGGAAAGUUUUCUUAUUUCGUCAAGUAUUUCAGCUGUGAAUUUAAUUGAGUUUAUCACUAGUUGAUGUCCAUUCCAUUUGAAGUGGGAGGUUGGCAGUGAAUGAACGUUCAAAUGAAAUGGACGUCUGUCGCCGCCAAUGGCAGUGCUCACUUUUCGUUGACGGUCAAUGAAUUGUUGAGCUAUACCGGGGUCAUUUUUUUAUAGGGCGCCAUUUGUGUCCCCAGUAUAAAUUAAGCUGUAUUUUCACUAAAUUUGCACAAAUACUCAUUGAACUUUUUUGUGUGUGUGUUAUCAAUUAUAAAUUUAAUAGUACAGGCUCCUAAAUUACAUAUAUACUAGUAUAUAUAUAUAUAUAUAUGGCGGAAAACACUCAGGCGACUUGAAGUUCUGCUCUGAGACCCCCAAUUUGGCCAACUUUCAAAAUUGUCCGAUAUGCAUGUGUGAUACAUCAUUGGAAAGCUUAAAAUCUCAAUUUUCUGGGAGAAGAAAAAUUUUGACUAGGAGGGCUUUUUUUUUUUUUUUUUAAUGUUUUUUAAACAGCAAAACCCUAUCUGGAGGUGAGAACACACGAGAGCAGAAUUACAGACGCCAUGAUUUUGACGAGAUAUCACAUAGUUACCUUGUUUCAAUUCAAAAAAAUCAAUUUAGCAUGUAUCACUGAGUGUCAAGACACAGGUGUGAAUGGCCACAGCUGGAUUUUUGGGGGAUUUUAUGGGUGAAACAUGGUAAUAUAACAAGGGUCGCGAUGCAGAAAUCGCAGACAUCAAGGAGUGGUCGAGAUUUUCUUUUUCAUAUAUUUACCCUUUUAAACAUUUUUUUUCAAUGUUUCUUUUUUUUGAUCGAUUAUCAUCUAAGAUAUCGGAGAAAAUGCACAGUAACACAAAAAAAAUACAUUUAAGCGACAGUUAUGAGGUAGAUAUCCGUGAGUUUUUUUUUACAGAUGCCAUUUUUUUCAUUAUGACAUAAUUUGUUGAAAAGUUUAAAAUAUGUGAGUGAAGUCUUUUUUCUUUUUUUUUUUUUUUUUACCCCAAAUGAAAUAUGAGACAUCAAUUCAUGAUUCUAAACUAAAAACGACAUUUUGAAUAAGAAAUAUAAUUACCUCCGUUUUAAGGCUGGGUUUAAACAAAAGCGGUUGCGCGACGUCUCUAAACGGGGGUUUUCAGAGUAAACCCGACAAAUUAAAAAUAGUUUGGGGGCUUAAUGCGCCAUGAAUCUGCUAUGGCAGCAUAUACAGAUACAGUUCUAUCAAACACAACAGUUGUUUUGGCUUAAAAUACAGCAGUUUCUUUUAAAGAGGAGUGCAAGAGCAGAAACUGCUUUUUCAGUCUUGUCUGUGUUU